AUGCCUUUGAAGGAUGUUGUGGCUUGGAAUUCAAUGAUUUAUGGGUAUUUGAAGUUUCAGAGAGUUGAUGAGGGGGUUAAUUUGCUUUUGAAGAUGCCACAUUGGAAUAUGGUGGGUUCUGGUGUUAAGCUGAGUUCAAACACGCUUUCUUGCGUGUUGAAAGCUUUUGCAAAUGUGAUGGCCUUGCAUUUGGGUGUUCAAACUAGUAGCCGGGACGCUUGCGCAGUUUUCAGUGAGAAACGUUAUGGGAAUUUGGUAAUAUGGACAUCUUCUAGCUGCGGAUUAGAGGCUCUAGACAAGGCCAAAGAGACCCUUGCCAUGGUCUUCAUGCGAAGUCUGGACUCUGAAGUAUUUGUUGGUAAUUCUCUAGUUGUAUUGUAUACUUUACGUGGGAAUAAUAAUGAUGCUGGGGUUGCUUUUUAUAAUGUCGGUGAGAAAAAUGUUGCCUUGUGGAACUCCGUUAUUGUGGAUGUGCACAGCAUGGUCAAGGAUGCAUUUAACUUAGGAGCGGCUGAAAGAGGUGCAAAAUCGAUCCUUUAUCUUGAACUGAAUUGCAGUGCUUCUUAUGUUUUGUUGCCGAAUAUAUAUGCUUCUGCUGGUGAGCGGAGUGAUGUCUCAAGAAUGAGAAUAAGGAUGAAACAAGGAGGGAUUGUUCCAGAUGAGAGGUUUGCCCUGCAUGAUGUGGAGGAUGAGCAGAAGCAAGAGAUGCUGCCGUAUCACAGGAAGAGGCUUGCUGAUGCAUUCAGAUUGGUGACUACUGCAGAGAGCAGCACAAUAACAGUGUUUAAGAAUCUUCGUGCAUGUGCCAAUUAUCACAGUGCCAUUAUGAUCAUAGCAAAGAUCGCUGGGUAUGAAAUCAUUGUAUAA